AAAUCCCCAUUUUUCACUUUAUUCCACUAUAUAUACUUGAAGAUCAUCAUGGAACUCCAGAUUCAAAGGGACUGAGUCCUUUUCUGGUUGCAGAAAUAAUGUCAACUUCUCUCAAGGAAGUUGCUUCAGACAACAAAUGGAUAGAGGAGGACACCUCUCGCCGAGCCAAAUGGUGGUACUCAACCUUUCACACUGUCACGGCCAUGAUUGGUGCAGGAGUACUCAGCCUGCCUUAUGCCAUGGCCUACCUAGGAUGGGGUCCAGGGACAAUGGUUUUGGUGUUAUCAUGGUGCAUGACGUUGAACACACUGUGGCAGAUGAUACAACUCCAUGAAUGUGUUCCAGGAACUCGCUUUGAUCGAUAUAUUGACCUUGGUCGACAUGCCUUUGGGCCAAAACUGGGGCCAUGGAUUGUGCUUCCACAGCAACUUAUUGUCCAGGUUGGCUGUGAUAUAGUGUAUAUGGUCACGGGGGGAAAGUGCCUAAAGAAGUUUAUGGAGAUGGCCUGCGCCAAUUGCACACAGCUCAAACAAUCCUACUGGAUUUUGAUCUUUGGGGGCAUCCACUUCUUCCUGUCUCAGCUUCCAAAUUUUAACUCCGUUGCUGGUAUUUCACUAGCAGCAGCAAUCAUGUCGCUGAGUUAUUCAACUAUUGCCUGGGUGGGUUGCUUGUCAAGAGGACGGAUCGACAAUGUGAGCUACGCAUACAAAAAAACAAGCUCGGCAGAUUCUAUGUUUCGUGUGUUUAAUGCACUGGGUGAAAUCACGUUUGCAUUUGCUGGCCAUGCAGUGGCCCUCGAAAUUCAGGCCACAAUUCCAUCGACUCCUGAGAAGCCUUCAAAGAUACCCAUGUGGAAAGGCGCAAUGGGAGCCUAUUUUAUCAAUGCAAUAUGCUAUUUUCCGGUGGCCAUGGUUGGAUACUGGGCAUUUGGGCAAGAUGUUGAUGACAAUGUGCUCAUGAAUCUCCAGAAACCCGCGUGGCUCAUUGCCUCUGCUAACCUGAUGGUGGUCAUCCAUGUCAUAGGCAGCUACCAGGUCUAUGCCAUGCCUGUAUUUGAUUUGCUCGAGAAGAUGAUGGUGAAAAGGUUGAAUUUCCCACCAGGACUUGCUCUCAGACUCGUCGCUCGAUCUGCUUAUGUAGCAUUUACAUUAUUCAUUGGAGUCACUUUCCCUUUCUUUGGGGAUCUUCUUGGUUUCUUUGGUGGAUUCGGAUUCGCCCCCACUUCAUAUUUUCUCCCGAGUAUUAUGUGGCUAGUCAUCAAGAAACCAAAAAGAUUCAGCACCAAAUGGUUCAUCAACUGGGGUUGCAUAUACGUUGGAGUUUUCAUUAUGCUGGCAUCUACAAUUGGCGGCUUCCGGAAUAUUAUUAUUGAUGCCUCCACAUACAGUUUCUACACAUAAAUUAUGGAGAUUUAUGUUACUGGAAGGUCCAGGAAAAUGUAAUCGAGUUAACUGCAAUAGUUGUUCUCAUUACCUUCUCUCUGUCUUUGUAAUAUUGAAGAGAAUAUAUAUAUCUAUAUAUAUCUAUAUAUAUU